AUGGCAGUCUCUGAGGUGAAUCUGGAUGACUACAAUAUUUACAGUCACCUGUCCGAUGAGGAGGUGCUGCAGAUUGCUGUCGAGAGAAGCCUCGCUGAUACACACUUUCCUCCAGGAUCAGAUCAGACCACAUCAUCGUCAUCUUCAUCAGCAUCAUCAUCUUCAGACCCUCCUACCCCGGCUGCCCAAAACAAAACAAACCCAAACCCCAGAGAGAGACAUCCUGACCCCUCCAGACACCUGUACUACGUACCUCCAUCCCAACCUCCGCCUGCAGACCUCCCAAAUGUCUCAAACUGUGCAAACCCCCCAACAGCCCUGUCACAGUUUCUCUACAAAGCCUUCAAGAGAGAAUUCAGUCCUUUGCAGUCUAUGAUUAUAAAUGGAGAUGCUGAGGCUUUGAUGGAUUUGGUCAGACGGAGGUCCACGAGUCUGACGGAACCAGAUGAUGAAGGCUGGAUUGCUCUUCAUGAAGCUGCUUAUUAUGGACAGCUACAGUGUGUCAGGAUCCUCAUCAGAGCUGAUCCCGACUCAGUGAACAGAUUUAGUUUGAAGAACCAGACCGCUCUGCUGCUGGCUGCUGAGCGAGGAAACAUUUCCUGUGUGGACUUUCUCCUAAAGCAUGGAGCUGACCCAAACAUUGCUAACAAGGACAGAGACACACCGCUGUUUGCAGCCUGUGAGCAGCCAAAUGAAGUCAUUGUGGACUUGCUGCUGAGGUCUGGAGCUCAGGUGAAUCGCUCCUGCAGUCAGGGAGGAACUGCUCUUCAUGAAGCCUGCAGACAUGGAAGACUGAAGCUCUGUAGGAUGUUAUUGGAGGCUGGAGCCAAUCUACAAAACAAAAACAUCUAUGGCAUCCAACCGUUCUUCACUGCUGCACAGAAUGGACACGUCGACAUCAUCCACUUGCUUGCAAAGAAAGGUGCAGAUAUAAAUGGACAGGCAGGAGAUGGAGCUUCGCCGCUGUUUGAAGCCUCUAAGAAUGGUCAUGUUUCAGUUGUGGAGGCACUGCUUUCUUUGAAAGCUGAUGCUAACCGAUCCAUGAAGUCCGGCCUGCUGCCUCUUCAUGUGGCUGUUAAGAACAAUCACACACGAAUCGUGCCAAUGCUGAUCCCGGUCACCAGUAGUGUCAGAGUCCGGUACAGCGGUAUCAGUCCUCUGCACAUCGCUGCAGAGAGGAACAGGGACGAGUGUUUGAAGCUGCUGAUCGAGUCCGGCUACGACAUCAACUCAGAGCUGUCAGAAGAGUGCUCCAGGAUGUACGAAGACCGGCGGAGCACAGCGCUGUACUUCUCCGUUUACAAUGGGAACCUGGAGGCCACUGAGAUGCUGCUGGAGGCUGGAGCUGACCCCAACCUGGACCUCUUUAAUCCGCUGCUCAUUGCCGCCCGGCUUGGCUGGAUGGACAUAGCAGCGUUGCUGCUGAGGCAUGGUGCCAAUGUCAACGCUCAGAUCUGCACGCAGCCAACCUCGUUCCCGUCCGCGAUCCUACUCACGAUGGAGUGUCUGCCCAUGCUCAAACUGCUACUGGACAAUGGCUGCGAUGCCCGGCCCUGCUUUGACUGUCCAUAUGGCCAAAAACCCCAUCCAGCUGUGACACCCUCACGCCGACCCACUGAAGAUAUGCAGGUCAGUGGAGAUGUGCCACUGCAACGUAGCAUUCAGUUCUGUGAAGCCGUCUCCAGCUCGUCUUUCUAUCGUGUCACUGGUCCAAUCAUCUCGGUGCUGCUGGACUACGUCAGUCAUGUCCGUCUCUGCUCGAGGCUGCUCGAAGUUCUGGACAGUUGCAGCGACUGGGCGCCGAUCAAACUGAAAGCUCUUCCUCCUCAUCCUCUGAUGCAGCUCUGUAGGCUGAAGAUCAGACGUCUAGUUGGAGUCCAACGACUCAAACUGCUCCACACCCUGCCACUUCCGGUCAGACUCAACCGGUUCCUGCACUACGACGUCCACAGCUCACUCACUUGA